GGCGGGGGCAGAGACGCGCCGAGGCUGGAGCUAGCCGGACGGGUCGCUCCUGCUCUCCGGGGAGACAGUCUGCCCGGCCCGGGAGAAGGGGCGAGCCCGGCGCGCUCCGGAGGGACGAUCGGGAGCCCAGCAGCCCGCCGGGGGCUCGCAAGCCGGCUCCCCUCCUUUCCACCUCGGGAGAAAGGGCGGGAGGGAAGGAGGGGAGGGGAAGGUCCCUCGGAGGAGGCGGAAUGGCCGGUCGCAGGGGGAUCGGGAGCUGCUUCUCCCGGGAGCUGCCUCCACGCCUGGGGCUGCGGCGAGGGCUGCCCUGAGCCGGGGCUCCCCGCUUCCAGGUGCCAGCUAGCGCCGUCCCCGCGAGGACCCGGCGGCGGCGCCGGCAUGUCGUCCGGCACAAUGAAGUUCAAUGGCUAUCUGAGGGUCCGCAUCGGGGAGGCUGUGGGGCUGCAGCCCACCCGCUGGUCCCUGCGCCACUCGCUUUUCAAAAAGGGCCACCAGCUGCUGGACCCCUACCUGACCGUGAGCGUGGACCAGGUCCGUGUGGGCCAGACGAGCACGAAGCAGAAGACCAACAAACCCACCUACAACGAGGAGUUCUGCGCCAAUGUCACCGACGGCGGCCACCUAGAGCUGGCCGUCUUCCACGAGACUCCCCUGGGCUAUGACCACUUCGUGGCCAACUGCACGCUGCAGUUCCAGGAGCUGUUACGCACGGCGGCCACCUCGGACACCUUCGAGGGCUGGGUGGAUCUGGAGCCGGAGGGGAAAGUGUUUGUGGUGAUAACCCUAACGGGAAGUUUCACUGAAGCCACCCUCCAGAGAGACCGCAUCUUCAAGCAUUUCACCAGGAAGCGCCAAAGGGCGAUGCGAAGGCGGGUCCAUCAGGUCAACGGACAUAAGUUUAUGGCCACCUAUCUGAGGCAGCCCACCUACUGCUCUCACUGCCGGGAGUUCAUCUGGGGAGUAUUUGGGAAACAGGGUUAUCAGUGCCAAGUGUGCACCUGUGUCGUCCAUAAACGCUGCCAUCAUCUAAUUGUUACAGCCUGCACUUGCCAAAACAAUAUUAACAAAGUGGAUGCCAAGAUUGCGGAGCAGCGGUUCGGAAUCAACAUCCCACACAAAUUCAGCAUUCAUAACUACAAGGUGCCUACGUUCUGCGACCACUGCGGCUCUCUGCUCUGGGGGAUAAUGCGACAAGGGCUUCAGUGUAAAAUAUGUAAAAUGAAUGUACAUAUCCGAUGUCAGGCGAACGUGGCCCCAAACUGUGGGGUGAAUGCGGUGGAGCUUGCCAAGACCCUGGCAGGGAUGGGCCUCCAACCCGGAAAUAUCUCUCCAACCUCGAAACUCAUUUCCAGAUCGACGCUAAGACGGCAGGGAAAGGAGGGCUCCAAAGAAGGAAACGGGAUCGGUGUUAGUUCUUCCAGCAGAUUCGGCAUCGACAACUUCGAGUUCCUCCGCGUGCUGGGGAAGGGGAGCUUCGGGAAGGUGAUGCUCGCCAGGAUAAAGGAAACAGGAGAACUGUACGCUGUGAAGGUGCUGAAGAAGGACGUGAUCCUUCAGGAUGACGACGUGGAAUGCACCAUGACUGAGAAGAGGAUCCUGUCCUUGGCCCGCAACCACCCCUUCCUCACCCAGCUCUUCUGCUGCUUUCAGACUCCCGAUCGUCUGUUCUUCGUCAUGGAGUUUGUGAAUGGAGGUGACCUGAUGUUCCACAUUCAAAAGUCCCGCCGAUUCGAUGAAGCCCGAGCACGCUUCUACGCUGCGGAGAUCAUUUCCGCACUCAUGUUCCUCCACGAGAAAGGCAUCAUUUACCGAGACUUGAAACUGGACAACGUGCUGUUGGACCACGAAGGUCACUGUAAACUGGCCGACUUUGGCAUGUGCAAGGAGGGGAUUUGUAACGGGGUCACCACAGCCACCUUCUGUGGCACGCCCGACUACAUUGCCCCAGAGAUCCUUCAGGAGAUGCUCUAUGGACCUGCAGUAGACUGGUGGGCCAUGGGCGUGCUGCUCUAUGAGAUGCUAUGCGGACACGCGCCCUUUGAGGCCGAGAACGAAGAUGACCUCUUUGAGGCCAUACUGAAUGAUGAAGUGGUCUACCCUACCUGGCUCCAUGAAGACGCCACAGGGAUCCUCAAAUCCUUCAUGACCAAGAACCCCACCAUGCGCUUGGGCAGCCUGACUCAGGGAGGCGAACAUGAGAUCUUGAGACAUCCUUUCUUUAAGGAAAUCGACUGGGUCCAGUUGAACCAUCGCCAACUAGAACCACCUUUCCGACCCAGAAUUAAAUCCCGAGAAGAUGUCAGCAAUUUUGACCCAGACUUCAUAAAAGAAGAGCCAGUUUUAACUCCGAUUGAUGAGGGACACCUUCCAAUGAUUAACCAGGAUGAGUUUAGAAACUUUUCCUAUGUGUCACCAGAAUUGCAACCAUAGCCUUAUGGGGAAUGAGAAUCCAAGGGGAAUGUGGAUUUCUGUUUUUCCAGGAAUUUCUUUUGUGGGAAUUCCCUACCUUGGAACACCGCCUACACCUUCAAGGAGCAAAUGUUCAUAACUCCUCGAAGAACGGGGGGAGCUUCAAGAGAGCCACUUUCUCAAGUCCCAGGGAGCCAUGGUACAUGUCAGUAGUUGAUACUGAGACAGGAUGUUACAAAGAUGUACACUGCUCUACCCAUGAGUCUCCACGGCUAUUUCAGGCUUGGAGCAAAGGACAGAAGCCAAGAGAAGAAACCGUGAGAAGAACAGAGGAGGUCCUGGAAAUUAUGAGCCCAACCGGCCUUUUUUUUUUUUUUUCACUUCCAGAGACACUCCAUGCUCUUCUUUAAGACAAUAUCACAGUCUGCCAAAGACUGAAUGCUAAUGAAGAAUUUUAAAGGUCUCUUUAGGGGAAUGAAUGACAUUCCGAGUAGAAUGAUUCACUCUGAAGAAACGACAGAAGGGCGUCCUUCAAGCUCCCAACCUAAAACCUGGUGUUGAGAGUGGAGUUGGACAUCACGACAGCUGCCAGUGUCUUGAGUCUCCCACUCUUUCUUUCAGUAACUAGAUAUUUAUUGUCAGAUGAAGAAAAAAAAAAAAAAAAAACAGGUGCCACAGUCUGCAGUAGCAUACACAGUAGAGUCAUCCUCGUGAUGCUUUUCUUCAUUCCGGGGUUUGCAUUCCGAGAAAGGCCUCUCCGCCCGUUGCGUAGGUCUGUCUUCUUUGUCUCUUGUUCUUGGAAGGACCACUGCCACAGCAGGGUGCUCAGCAGGCAGGUCGCAUGCCACCCGCUGGCCGUUCCCAUCCGAUCCACUGGCGGCCUAUUUAAAUGACACGGGCAGAGGCAAAGAAGGCUGUCUGAGACACACAUUAAUAAUUAAAAGUGGAUCUUGUAAGCAAGGCCGGUGACAAAGAUGUAACUUUCCAUGUGUAACCAUAGAUACAGUUGAAAAAUUUUAUCUGGCUGGAAAUAAAGGCAUUUUGUAGCAAAAGGAAA